AUGCUGUUCUACUUCCCCGACAUCCUUCCCCAGCUUGUGUUCAUGGAGCCACAGAUGUUGCGGGAUAAGGCUCGGAGCUGGUGCGAGACCUACCACAUGAGGCAGGGAAAGAAAGGCGUGCCGAGAGAGAAGCUGAGGUUCCGUGACCACGGCGCAAGUGACGGAAAAGUUUCUGGGGCGAGUUCGGAGAGCCACUACGAGCCACCUCUGUUCACACCCAAGAGCUGGUGA